AUGCUCAUCGGCCUAUUUGUUAAUCUCGUCGUGAGACCAUUUAGAAGGCUGUUAUUUGGAUCAGACCCUCCACCGACAACUACAACGGCUCCAAUUACUACACUUCCUCCACCUGGAACAACUCUUCCUCCUGUCACGACAGGACCACCACCAACGACUACUACAGAAGCGGGAUAUACCAUCAUGAUCCUUUUCUUUCUGGGAGUCGUUGCUCUUCUGAUUUUUAGUUCCGCUGGCGGCGUGUUUUUCUACAUGCAGAACAAAAAGAAACAACAGAUUCCACAAGGAGCUGUCGUCGAGGACACAGAGUCUGGAACUACGACUGGUGAGACCUCGGGAACCACUGGAACUACUGGGACAACUGCUAGAAGUACAAUGAGAAGCACUACUCGAAGCACCACAAAAAGUACCACUGGAACCAAGAUGAAGGGAAAGAAGAAGAGAACUUCGUCUACUAUGCAUUAA